AUGCCUUUAUUUCCAGAAGCAUUUGGUGCCAUCCUAUGUCUUUGCUCACUGAUAUGUAUUCUUCUUGUAAAUAUCAGUGAACCAAUAGCUCGAGGUGUAUAUUUUAUUGAAAUAAAUUUUUCGGAUUACAAUUACAAAGUUGGUCUCUGGGGAUGGUGUAGACAUAGACAAGAAGUAGAAUGUACACAAACACCUUUUGCCUCACAAAUCAAACCAAUUCAAAGUCAAAAUUCGACUUCGUCUAAUUCGACUGCGGAUUUUCUUGACGAACAAUCCACAUUGGGAUAUUUAAAAAUCUUUAAUAUAUUCGCCGCACUUUCCGUAAUUAUAGUCUCAUAUUCGGUUAUAAAAGUAAUAAGAAGAGGAACUCCUCUGAACAAUGACUAUCUUAAAGUCACACACUUUUGCUUCUUUUCAGUUGUCUUUUUAACAAUUGCCUUGAUUGUUGAUGUUUCGCUUUUCAAAUCGGUUGUUGACGAUGAUAAAAAUAUCGACGCAAAUUGGGGAGGAGCACUUUGGGCUUUAGUUUCCGCAUACACGUUUAUGGUUAUUAAUGGUGGCCUUUUUUAUUUAACUUAUUGGUUUCGGAACGAUAAUGGAACAUGA